AUGGACAAAAGCGGCAAGGCGAAGGCCGGCGGUGGGGGGAAACAUUCGAUUCCUGCUGACAACCGCAACAGCUACCCGACGGCCCACAAGAAACAGGGCACUGGCGGAGGAGGAGGAUAUCCAAAGCCCGGCUACGGAUCGGUCGGCUCUGAUGGUUAUCCGGACCACGCGGUCACCUCCUCGAAGGUGUCGACCGAAUGGUGGCGCGAGAAGGAGCACACCAAAUACCUCAAGAAGCGCCGCUUCACUGAGGCUCUGUCAAUACAGCCUAAUCGCGAGAGCUUUUGGCUUGUCCUGCUCGGCAUCCUGUUCGUCUCCUACAUUACUGGG